AUGGUAGGACUUAGCAUAGUACUGGAAGGUCAAAAGGGAAGUGGUGGUGGUGUGGGCAAAAAUAUCCCACAAGUUAUUAACAAAACCACCAUGGUUGUCACCAACAAGCCUUCAUCUUCUUCUUCUUUUUUGCCUUCUCCUUCAAACCCUUCACAAAGCCACAAAAAUCUUCUCUUUUCUCCUCAGACACCCCUCCUGGCCCCAACUUUUCUUGACCAAUGUUUUUUGUGCAGACAGAAACUCUUGCCUGGCAAAGACAUCUACAUGUACAAGGGUGAUAGGGGCUUCUGCAGCGUGGAGUGCAGGUACAGACAGAUUUUCAUGGACGAGGAAGAGAGUCUUCGCCAAGAGAAGCAGUGUUCAAUGGCUGCCAUGAAACCUACUUCGGCUUCCUCAUCAUCUUCUUCUUCAUCUGCUGCUUCUAAUCAAAGGAAAGGAACCAGAAACCGAGGCAGUGGUUUUGCCUACUGA